CGCAGAACAGAUAACACUGGCAACAGACAACGCUGUUGCUUUUCGCAACUUUUAUAUGUUCUGUGUAGUACGAAUGUAAAUCAAUGAAUAACUGUGAAUAAAGUGGAUAAAUUAUAAGAAGCAAACAUUGAUUUUGUGUCAAAAUGAACUUGGAACUAUUAGAGUCAUUUGGUCAAAACUAUCCAGAGGAAUUCGAUGGCACAUUAGACUGUAUAUCUCUUGCUGUAACUUGUACAUUUAAUAAAAGAGGAACGUUACUUGCUGUCGGAUGCAACGAUGGAAGAAUAGUUAUUUGGGAUUUUUUAACUCGUGGUAUAGCUAAAAUUAUUAGUGCUCAUGUACAUCCGGUAUGUUCGUUGAGUUGGUCUAGAAAUGGUCAUAAGUUAUUAAGUGCAUCAACCGACAAUAAUGUAUGCAUAUGGGAUGUUUUAUCUGGAGAAUGUGAUCAGAAAUAUAGAUUCCCUUCUCCAAUAUUAAAAAUACAGUUUCAUCCAAGAAAUCUCAACAAGUUUUUAGUAUGCCCAAUGCGUCAUGCUGCUGUUAUGGUUGAUGUCGAAGGAACGCACAGAGUUAUACCACUUGAUGAAGAUAGUGAUUUAAACAUAGUAGCGUCAUUUGACCGACGCGGAGAUUACGUGUAUACAGGAAACGCUCGCGGUAGAGUUUUAGUUCUUGACGCUGAGACAUUAAAUGUAAAAGCCUCUUACAAAAUAACGCAAGGCACUGCUAGUAACACAGCAGUAAAAAGUAUAGAGUUUGCACGGCGAGGCUCUUGUUUUCUAGUUAAUACCGCUGAUAGAGUAAUUCGUGUAUAUGAUAGUACUGAAAUAUUAGCGUGUGGCAAAGAUGGUGAACCUGAGCCAAUACAAAAAUUGCAAGAUCUUGUAAACAAAACAAUGUGGAAAAAAUGUUGCUUUUCUGGUGAUGGAGAAUAUGUGUGUGCCGGAUCAGCAAGACAACAUGCAUUAUACGUAUGGGAAAAAAGCAUAGGAAAUUUAGUAAAAAUUUUACAUGGGACCAAAGGCGAACUUUUACUCGACGUUGUGUGGCAUCCAGUCAGGCCGAUAAUCGCAUCUAUAUCGUCAGGCGUAGUUUCUAUUUGGGCACAAAAUCAAGUAGAGAAUUGGUCUGCGUUCGCGCCGGAUUUCAAAGAGUUGGAUGAAAAUGUUGAAUACGAAGAAAGGGAAAGUGAAUUCGAUUUGAGCGACGAAGAUAAGUCUGUCGUUCAAGGAGAAGAGGCUCAGGAUGAAGAAAUAGAGGUUGACGUUGCAUCAAUUGACAGAGUUGCUGCAUUUUGCAGCUCUGACGAAGAAACUGAAGAUAUUGGUUCACUUCAAUUUUUACCUAUAUCUCCAGAUGUGGAAGAUUCCGAAGAUAAUCAAGUCAUGCCACACGAACCGCCAAUGAAGAAACAUCGUUCACACGAUAUAGAUUUACAGGGAGCACCAACUGAUGAGACUCAUCCCUUGCUAAAUAAAGGAAAGGAUAAGCCGACCACAAAGAAGGGAAGACCAAGACUUGAAUACAAAAAGGGAAAGUAAUUUAAUGUGAGAGAGAGAUAUCGAUAAUA